CCAACUGUCUGGCCAACACCGUCGACUGUCUGGGAUACAACCCCAUCCCCGUGGGGACGGGCCUCCACGGUGACGUCAACAAGCGGAAGAUGUGGCUGUUUGGUAUUUAUUCCGUCAUGUUUUACUCGCUCCACCCAAUCGACUUUGCCGUCUACUGUGACGUCAGCGGUUCGGAUCCAAGCCAGUGGAGGAUUGAGAAAGUUUGGUACGCGGGGCGGGUGUAUGACACGGUGGACCAGUUGGUGGAUGGAUACAAAACUAACACGAUCCCAAAGGUGAAGGUCACCAAGCCACGAGAGAGUCCCGACCUGUUCUCUACCCUCUACAGACGUGGCCAGCCGGUGCCAGAGAGGCCACAGCGUGCACCUGUACAGGUGGAACCAGACGGCAAGAGGUACUCACUCAGGGACAGAAAGGUUCGUACAGACGGCAAGAGGUACUCACUCAAGGACAGAAAGGUGGAGUACAUGGGCUGGACCUUCAACUUCCGGAUGUCAGCACUGACUGGACCUUCGCUCUAUGACGUCAGGUUUAAAGGGGAGAGAAUCGCUUACGAGCUUGGUCUGGCUGAGAUAUCGGUGUUUUAUUCCGGUGGCGCCCCUUUGUCCCAAAUAACCAACUACGUAGACAGUGGCGUGCUACUGGGGUCUCACUCCAAGUCCAUGGUGCCUGGUGCUGAUUGUCCAGAGUUCUCUACCUUGGUCAACCAGACAUUUUGGAGCCAACACACGGAUGUCCCGGGGACAUUUGACGCCAGUUUUUGUCUGUUUGAGUUUAACAACGGCUACCCACUCCGACGGCACUCGUCUUAUGAGAGCGACAGCGGCCUGUUUUACGGCGGGAUGUUGGAUUCUGUGCUCAUUCUCAGAUCUGCACUAACUAUCGGCAACUAUGAUUACGUCAUUGACUUUGAGUUUCAUCAAAAUGGCGUUAUCGAGGUUCGAUUGAUGAGCACAGGUUACAUCCAAACCAGCUUUUACUCAGAGCCGGAUAAGCCGUACGGCUUCCGGCUGCAGAACACAAUAACCGGCAACAUCCACCACCACAUGGCCCACUUUAAAGUUGACCUUGACAUUGGUGGCCCAUCAAACCGUUACGAGACCCUAGACAUCUUGCCAGACGCUGUCCCAUUAAAACAGGACCCGAGUGUGACGUACAACCAAAUGAAGUUUAGACGUACCCUGGUGAAGACUGAGAGAGAGGCUGUCUAUGACUACAACUUUACCAGACCAAUGUAUCAUGUGGUUCAUAGCAGGGCUGGGAAAACAAAGUUUGGCCUAGAGGUAGGUUGGGAGGGGGGGGUUAUCUUAGGGAAAACAAAGUUUGGGGAAAUUAAGGCCUACAGGAUACAGAUGAACGGGAUGUCCUACAACCUGCUACCACGUGACCAGGGCAAUGAGGGCACCAUCCCCUGGGCACGGCACCAGAUGGUGGUCACCAGACACAAGGACGACGAGAUCUGGUCCAGCUCCAACUACGCCAUGUUUGACGGCCUUGACCCCGUGGUCAACUUCACCAAGUUUUACCAGGAUGACGAGAGUAUCGUUGACCAGGACCUGGUGUUCUGGAUGACCUGUGGUAUGCACCACAUCCCCCACACCGAGGACCUGCCCAACACCCCCACAGUUGGCAAUCACCUGACCUUCUACCUGCUGCCCUACAACUACUUUGACGAGUGUCCGUCUGUCUCGUCACGUGACUCCCUCCACAUCAUACACCGGGACAGGUCAGACACCACUAAAGGUGUUUUUGUAGACAGGAACGGUAACUCCAGAGACCAAUGUCUUACACCCAGACCAAACCUGGAAGAGCUUCUGGAGGAAAACCCUGACCUUGUCCUUGAGAGCAGACGGCAAAAUUUUAUUUAUUAA